AUCAGUGCGGUCGUAGACUCUGCCUACUAAUGUCGGCGGCAGCAAGCUCUAUCCUCGGUCCGAAAUAGAUCUGAGCUUAAGGCAAGAUUUUGUAGAAUUAAAACCCUCUAUAUCGGUCCGCGAUUGGUUGUGCACGAAAAGUUUUGCAGAUAUAGUUCACUGUGAAUGGACAGCGGAUGUCUUUUAUCAGCGGUAAGCAGAAUUACUUAGUUCCAGUGGGAACACGAGUAACGAACGUCUUCCAUCGUGAACUGUGCCAGCGUUUUCGUGUUGUGAAGAGCAGAGACGUACGUUUAGUUUAGCAUAAUAUAAAUACAUAUCUGUGAAUCGGAAAUCUACGAGGGAAAUGCUUCUGCUUGUCACAACACGAUUUUGAUGAACACACCACGGUCUCAGUUGCGGAGCGGAGCACACUUCUAAAACGAUCGCGGAAUAGAUAGAAUAUUUAGUUUUCAAGCAAUAUCGGCGGAAGACAAUCAAUCUUGCAUCAACAUUCGAAAACAAAACCGGAGCGACACGGUAGGGUUUGGCUUCAUCUGAAGCAACGAUUAGUCGCCAACGUUAUAGAUAGGAAGCGAGCGAGUGGGCACAAUGUGGAAGUGUCACAAAUGUUGCAAACCGGUAUUUUUCGCCGAACGUAAACAAUCUCUUGGUUAUGAUUGGCAUCCAGAGUGUUUGCGGUGCGAAGAGUGCGGUAAACGCCUGAAUCCGGGACAGCAUGCCGAGCAUAAAGGUGUACCGUACUGUCACGUGCCAUGCUACGGGGCGCUUUUCGGGCCGCAAUUGUUCGGGCACGGCACUCGCGUGGAGUCCCAUAAGAGUUUCGGCCAGCCGAACCAGAAGAAGCUGGCAACCCAGCGAUCCGUGGCCGGCCCAGUUGUUCCCAGAGGCCAUCUCGAAUCAAAGUUACGAUGCUACAAUCAAUUCUACAAUAACAAAAGUAUGGAGGUCCGGAGCCGUGAGGUGAACGGGCGGUUGGUACUGGAGGGAGCACUGCGUAUUUAUUGGGGUGUCCAGGGAAUGAUUCACCUCAAAGAGGACGACGAUCAGCGUACGGUGGUAACGGUCCGAAAGCGCAAUUCAUACCGUCAGAGUAAUCCAGCAUCGAUUAUCGGCCCACCGCCCGAGGCUACCAAUGAUCUUGAUGACACCGGCAUUGAAACAGGCGAAGAAGGAAAAGAAAACGUGCUUCAUGUCGGUGAACAGGGAUCUCAGCCAGCCAUUAUGGUUGGUUCAAGCACGAUGAGCUCUGCAGAACCGGAUAGCAACAAUGAUACGACGACUAUCUCGGAAAGCAUUUCUUACGAUACGCUGAGUCUCUCAUCCGAGCUCAACUCAAUCGACUCGAAACCCAACUCGAGCGAAUCGUCGAAGGAUACAUCACCGAGCCACGAAAAGUUUGUGAGCCUCCCUGCAAAAUUGAAUGUCGGCCAACUCAACUGGGAUGAGAUAGACGAUCUGCUGCAGGUAGAACGACGCAAGGAUGAUAGCGAAAAGCUCUAUUGUACGAUGCCUUCUCCACUACCGCUCGGUUCAUGCUCCGGUGGUGACAGCAGUCUUACCAGUGAAAGCGUGACGGAUACCGACUACAAAACGCUUACCCAGCACACUGCGAGUGCUUGCGAUGAUAGUGAACGGAUCGCUUCUCGGGGCGGUAAGAGUAGCAACAUUGGCAGUGGCACGUCAACAGAAACCACGUCGGUCAUAGAAGGACCAUCGACGACCACCGACGAAGAUUUUCGGACGCCAGAAGCAACGCUCCGGUCGCACGAUUUCGAAGCGUUUAAAAUGCAGAUCAGCCAAGAGUUUAUCGAUGGGGCCGCCGAAAUGGGAAAUACCGAUGGUACGCUCAAGCUCAAUCAACCGAUCGAUCCGACGCGUAUCAACGAUUCACUGAAGCUAUACAACGAUGGUGUGAUGAAUCGUAGCCUUUCGGACGAGCAGUGUAGAAACGUGUUGUCGUUACCAACUGGUCACAUUACAGAUUCGUUCCAUGUGGAGCGGAGCAAUGCAGAAGACGGUAGUGGGACAUUGCGCCAUUCCGCAAACGUUCGCAAUGGCAAGCCGAGAAACCAUGGGGCAGUAGCGCAGCAUGCUAAACGGUUUCAGUCACAGCGCAACAGGCACUCGGAAACACCGUCGUCGGAGAUGGUUACUAGCGACGGGGACGUCACGUCUCCAAUCACCGACAGUGACACUUGGACCGCCGAGCGAUGUUUACUGCGAUCUAAGUCUCAGGGCAAUUAUUAUUCCGGCAAUAGCUUCAUGGAUAGUGACGACGAUGUAGAGGGCGGGGACGAGGGCCUGUGUUCCGGCUCGGAAACACUCAAACCAUCCACGCGGCCCGUCGGCUCUAUCCAGAUACGCAUGGAUUGUUACGAUGAACUCGAGAGCCCGUCUUCGGCACACGGUGUAAGCGCACCGAUGGAAAAUGGAAACGGCACACGGUCGGUAGUACCAACAUCCGAGUACAGUACCAGCAUCAGCGGUCACCCAGUAACCGAUGAUGGUGUGGUUUUGCGAAAACCACCGAAAACGGGGUCAACGGCGAUCAAGCGGCGCUCGGGCAAUCGGCGCUCCCGAACGAAGCUGAAGCGGCGGUGCUCUAUCAACGGCCACUUCUAUAACCGUGAGACGUCCUUUUUUACGCCACCGUACGGUUCGCAGAUGAACGUUUGGGUCACAUCGCUAGUCAACACCCAAGAGCUGAUAAAUCUCCUGCUAGAAAAGUAUAAAGUCGAGUCGAAGGCCGAAAAUUUCGCGCUGUUUAUUAUACGUGAUAAUGGCGAGCAAAAGAAGUUAAAGGACGACGACCAUCCACUCUUGACACGCGUUAUCCUCGGACCGCACGAAGACAUUGCACGCCUUUUUCUAAUGGAUGGACAACUAACGCCAGAAAUAAGGUCGUUCUUUACGUGGAGUAGCACCGUAGCAGUCGAGAAGGAAGUGCGCUACUGGAGGACUACGAUAGAGGAGGACUGGAUUUGUCGAUGA